AUGCCUAACAGAUUAGACACGCAUGUAUUGACAGUGGAUGCCAACGUCAUCCACAAGGUCGACACAGCCAACCCUGCCAAUCUGUAUAGCAUGUGGACUGUCUUUUCCCGCUGCGCCGAUUCACUUGAGCAGGGCCGUAGAUUAGAGAACCUUAGCUGGAGACUCUGGCAGAGAGAGCAACUCGUCGACAACGAGGAGCGACUUGACGCCUCCGCCGCAAACACAAACACAAACACCUCGCCUUUGGCCACUACCUGGCGCCCCCAAGACCUUCCCCAGCUCUCUGGUAGCGUCGAUUCACUCGUCGACGAGGACGCUACAGAGUUCGCUUCCGAGUCCACCCCUCUUGAGAUCCGUCCCAGGAUACGCCGCCUGGACUCGACCAGCAGCCGUGGCAGACGCGACCGCCACAUCAGCUCCGACGACUUUAAACAGAUGGUCGUCUCUAUUGUCAACGACACGGCCCCUCUCUCCGCACCAACCGCUGCAUCCCCUCUUACCGCUCCCAAGAAGGAGACUGCUCCCAUCGCACCUGCUCUGGCCCCCGCCGAGCUCACCACCGUUGCCGAGAUGGCUACCGAACCCGAGCCUACCGCUGAACGCCACGUUAUUGUGGCCCCCGAAGUUCCCGUCUGCGAAUCGUUCCCCCAACCCUCGCACAUCGAGGCCGCCAUCCCAGAGCCCGAGGCUGCUCCCGCUCACCAGCCCGUCGCUCAAAAGAAGGCACCAGCUAAGUUUGCCCUCGGCGGCUCUUGCUCUUCUAGCGAACAGGGCAUGAGCGUCGAGAUGACCAAGAGCAGCCUGAUGCCUCCCAAGGCCAUGUUUCAGAUUGGUGGCUCCUCCGAGUCUACUUCUACCAAGAGCUCUUCUGCCAAGAGCGAUGUUCAACCCGUCAAGGCCGUUGUCCCACAGAAGAAGCAGGUUGUCCUGCCCACCACCCGCAACGCUCAGCUCGAAGCCGAGAGCGCUAUUGACUCGGAUACCGACGACGACUACGUUGACGAAAGUGCCAUUGACGACGAUGAUGACGGCUCUGAUUGGGAAGACUCCAUGGAGGAUAGCGGCAAAUCGAGCGUCGACGAGAAAUUCUUUCAGCGUGUCGAGUCCAAGGCUAACCUAGUCUCUCGCCCUUCGCUCAUCACUCUUAUGCUUGCACAGAGUGAGCGCCAGAAGAACCUCAGCAACCAGGCAUCUCACUCUGCCUCUGCCAUUAUCCGAUCGCGCGCCGGACCUAGCAGCUCGACCCUGGGUGUCUCUCCCAACGAUUCCGACGAGGGCCCGCUGAUGAUGAAGGGUAUGCGACCUUCCAACCUAAGGCCCAUUAUCGAGGCGCCUCGCUCCAGCGCCCAGCCCAUUGUCGCCCCUACCAACCAUGUGCACGCCCAAGCUGCCCUGUCUCCGCGAACCACUCGUCGCAACAUGCUUGCCACGGAGCUGACCGAGUCACUUCGCCGUCACCUUCUCUGGGAGCGCCAGCAGAAGACUUCGACUGCCAACGCUGUGCUCAAGCGCCGCCACACCUCCCAUGACGUCGCCAAUUUAAAGCAGUUCCCAGAGAAGCCCUGCAUGAAGAAGAGCGAAGACGCGAACGCCAGCAGCUGGAACCAAUAUUUCAACAAGGAUACUUUUGACGGCUACCACUCCAAGGGCUGGUAA